AUGUAUAACCCAUACACGACAGAAGCUUGGAUAGAGUACGCAAUAAGCUUGCUUAUUAUCAUCAUACGCAUCGGGUACCGAUGCAGCGUGGUUGGAUGGGACUGGGCUGGCGACGACUACAUUGCCGCCUUUGCUGUACCAUUAUGGACGGGAGUCUUGUGCAUGCUGCAGAUGAUUAGCGAAUAUGGCAGCAUCACUGGAAUGACCGACGCAAAGGCCCUGACCCUUACCGACGACGAGAUCAAGAGGAUUGAGAUUGGAAGCAAAUGCCUCUUGGCAGGAUGGUGUCUCUACGUUACCAUGAUCUUCUGCAUGAAGGGAUGUAUGCUGUUUGUGUACCAACGACUCACGUUCCAACUCGAGCAGCAACGUCUCGUCAAGAUUGCGUCCGUGAUGACGGUCCUUGCGUACAUCGCCACCAUCAUGGUCUGCCUCACCCGCUGCAUGCCCUUUCACAAGAAUUGGCAGGUGUACCCAUACCCCGGUGACGCCUGCGCACUCAACGUACCGAAUUAUCUGGCUCUCAUUGUUACUAAUGUGACCACUGAUUUGGUCAUCCUAUACAUUCCAAUGCCCUUGCUAUGGGCGGUCAAAAUGCCACUUCGGAGAAAGGUUCUGUGUGGAUUUUGGCUGUCUUUGGGAUUCUUCAUCAUUAUAGCUGCGCUACUAAGAUGCAUCCUGUGCUUGAGCGACCCGACUUCGAUCAGUCUGGGCACAAUUUGGUCGAUCCGCGAGACAUUUGUCGCCAUUCUUGCGGUCAACAUUCCCGUCUUGAAGCCACUCAUCUUCUGGGUCACGACCUUCCUCGACGACCUCCUCAGCAGUCAGCGAUCCAAGCGGGACAGGAGCAAGGUGACACCAUAUAAUCUUGGCAGUGGAGUCAGCGGACUGCCCCUGGGCCCAAUGGAUCGGAGGUCUGAGCGCCGGUCGAAUGUCUUGAAGAGUCGCAACGGCAACGGCUGGACAACCGUGGGUGGCGGCGGCAGCGAGGAAAGAAUCGUUGAUGAUAACCAUCUCCCGGUAUUGGUGCCCCACGAGAGUCACGACAAGGAGACGUCGAUCAACUCGAGCGAGCAAGAUCGUAAAACAGCAGAUGACGGACAGAUUUGGGUCGUUAACACGUUUUCCAUAUCCGACAAUAAGGAUAAAUCACUGAAACCAUAA